AUGUCACAGGGCGCGAGGCAUUGUAGAGCAUUUGAAGAACGAAGCAAUUCCCACCCACCAGAACACAGGGGCAAAUUUCUCCUAUCCCCGUUCCUAUGUCACACUGAUGCUAAAAGUGGUCUAUUUGGAGCUAGAAAACGUUUGCCACAUAAUUAUGGAAGAUCCAGCGAGUUGUUUGCUUGCCCUUGCGGUAUGACGCAAGGCGGUGUGGAAAACGCACAAGUGCGGCACCACUCCUGUAAAUUGCAGAGCAUGGCAUUAACGUUUUGUUGCCCAUCCAUCAGCAACAACAGAAAAUAUACGGCGAGCGUCUGCAAAGACGCCAGGGUGAAAACUUGCAUAAAUCCCCCGUACCGGCGGCGGAUCACGAAAGCGAUUUCGAGUUCCGCAUACUUAUUGAAUGGCUUGUUGCUGCGCUGGACACUAAAGCACUUGUCCUGUGACUUGAUGCUGAAGAGAAUAAGAUUUAAGCGCUCCGCCGUGUCCGAGCUUUCUAGCGUAUGCAAAAGGGUAGCGGGCGGUUUCUCCCCAGAGGAGGCCAAAAGACAGAAUCGAGGUUUAGGUCCUCGGGUAUUGCCCUUAAGAGAAAGAUUUGCCAAAUUCCCAGUUGGAAGGAUUAUUGAAAGUCGCUACAUUCGGGCGCUCUACCGAGCUCCUGCCGGGAUACAAAAAGUCCUGGUGUACCUUAAGUGCAGGGGAUCAGUUGAUGCGAUUCGGCUUCUUCUCCGUCAUAAGAACGUCCCACACGCGGAGUUUUAUGCGGACCGGUCAUUCGGCUGCGAAGAAAUAAGAAGCCGUUUCGAGGCAGCGGGCCUUCCCGCAACGCUCCCAUACUUUUCCGACAAUCACUGUGAAAUGACGGGAUCAAGAACCAUCCUUAUUUAUCUCGCAAAGCAGCUAAAGUUGUACGGGACCUCCAGAGCAGAUGCAAUACACAUAGAGUCCAUUGUUGACUACUGUUUUGCCGCGUUACACACAAUCUGGGGGGCGGAAUGCAAGUGCGCCUACCCUCAAGAGCUCAACAGGGAACGUGCGCGUGCCCACUACUGCCGAGACGAAGUGUUGCCUAUGCUUCAGACGAUGUGCCGCCUUGUGAGCCAGGCUGCGACACGAGAAGAGGCACACGACGUGUUUCAGUCAGGGGGGCGUCAGCAAGGAAUGCGGAACAAAAGGCUUGCUCAGUGGAUAGUUGGCGAGAGAAUUUGGGGAUUCAACGAUCCUGCCCUUUUCGCCACUGCGGGGCUUCAUGGAACAGGUCGAGCCACGAGUGUGAUGACAGCAAGGUGCUUUAGAAAAUUCAGAAGCCCAGCUCCCACAGAGCUACGGUUUCACCAAGCGCAACGGAAUGUCGGCCAUGCACACACAGAAGCACGAAAAACGGUGCACUCGGAAACAACAACACACAAACGGUGUAUUGUUGCUGUUUCUGAAUUAGUGCUCACCAAGGGAGCCAAUGCACUAGAAAAACGGCCGAUCGCCAUCGGGUGGAGGCGGCUGGCUGCAGCCGACUUCCUAGAAAGUAUACUGUGGCAUGGCGAAUCUGCAAUGGUGCACAGUUCGCCUUGCGCUGGAGGCAUGAAAGGCUGCACCUCCGGAGAGCCAGCUCCAGCUGACCACCCCUACGGAAUAGUUGCACCGCGAGAGGCAGUGGAUGUUGCAGCAGCCGCUUUGACGAAAAUGGGGUGUCAGUCGACUGAACUGCCGGAUGGCGGCGCGGAGUCUGACGGCGAAGUAGCAGCAGGGGCAGCAGCAUCAGCACACCCGAGUGCCGCCAUGAACGGCCUGGCCCCCUGCAGUGGCUCAAGUUCGUUGUUGUUGCAUUGCGACUCUGAAAAUGAAGCGGCUCCUGCAGCCACCCCCACAUGUGGGGUCAAGCCGCCGCUUUGUUGA